UAAAGAUUAGGUCAUAUCUUUUCUCCCGCACGAAAUAAACAAUUGUUGGCAUAAAAAACGUGGUCUAUAAUGAUGUCAUUUUAAAUAUAAACUAAGACAUUACAGUCAAAAGAUAAAAGUUGGGAUAGGUUAGGUUAUUUUUAAAUAUCUUCUAAAGUAACCGUCAGUCAAACUCCGUAGUAGUUUUUCGUUCACACUUAAGGUAGUAGGACCGCACUUAAGCGACACUCCGCAGCAGUGGAGCGAUGCGACACGUAACGACACUAUAGGUAUACCGCACUUGAACUGCAGUGCUGCGACAGUUUGCAGCAAAUUUUGUCUGUCACUCGCUUGGCAAUUUCUAAAGAAGAUGGAUGAAACUGAUUUGAAUGUUAUUUUGAGUAAGGUGGACGAAAGUGACUUGGAUAUUGUAAUAGUAUCUUUGAUUUGUGAAGAAGAAGAAAGAAUGGAAAAACAGCAAACAAAAAAGAAUAGAAAAAUAUGGGUUCAUGACAUUCCGUAUUCACGAUAUGAAGAAGGGGAAUAUCAUACACUUUUGCCGCGGCUUAAAAAUGAUCAGAAAAGGUUUCACACAUACUUAAGAAUGUCUCAAAAUAGAUUUGAUGACUUGUUACAAAUUAUGAAGCCCCUUAUAGAAAAACAGGAUACAUUUUUCCGAAAAGCGAUAAAUGUGGAAGAAAGACUCAUGGUUACAAUCAGGUUCCUUGCUACUGGACAUUCGUUCAAGACCAUCGCAAAAUCUUUUCGUUUGGGUUAUACAACCGUGCAAGAAAUUGUACAUACUACUUGUGUAGCUUUGUGGGAAGGGUUGUCCAAAAUAGUCAUGCCCAUUCCAGAUGAACAGAAAUGGAUGAACAUUGCAAAAGAAUUUUACGAAAAAUGGAACUAUCCCAACUGUAUUGGUGCACUAGAUGGGGAGCACAUAGAAAUUUUCGCGCCACCGAAUAGUGGCUCACUAUUUUUUAAUUACAAUUCUUUUCAAUUGUACUACUUGCUCUAGUGGACGCAAAUUACAAAUUUAUGUGGGAUUGAAUAUUUCUGAACGAUUGAGAUGUGUGUAAGAUGAUGGACGUUUCUAAACGAAUGAGUGGGAGUAAGAGGGAAUGAAUGAAUGAGAGUGAGAGAUUGGGUUUGAGAAUUUAAUUUAAAGAUGGAAGAGUUAACAGAUGGUCGAUGUACCUAACGAUUUUAA